AUGCGACUCUGGAACCUUCUUCGAGAGUACCUCUGCUGCUGCUGGAAGCCGCGCUCGGCGGUCGAUGAAGAUGCAGACGCUGCAAAAAAGGCAAAGUUCGCUGAAGAGAAGUCUGCCUCUGGUCCUUCGUCGCAGCAGCAACAGCAGCCUAGCAAAGAUGAGGCCCACGUCGAGGACCACCAGGACGAGGACCACGAGAGCGAAGAGGAGGAUGAGGAUCACUCGAAGGAGACCUUCAUCGUGGACAGCACCACUGGCGACAACGACUACGAGGAUGAAGAUGAAGAGGAGGAGAAAGAUGUAAAAAAGGGCGACGUUUUCACUGCUAAGGAUGUUGCUGCCGCCAGCGCUGACCAGCACCACCGAUCCGGCUCCUUCGAGGUCUCCCGGAACAGCUCCGUCUCCUUCAGCAGCCAACAACAACAGCAGCAGCAGCAGCCUUUAACUGCAUGUGCCCAGCAGCAGGCCUGGUCACCGCCGACCUGGUAUCCCUCGCCGAGCCGCUUUCUAAGCGUCGAGGCACCGCCGGCACAACUUCUCUCUGAGCCCUUCACUCUGCCGCCCAUUUCGCCCAUUCUGAUGGAUCAGGAGCCAUCAACUGCUGCCACUGCCACUACUCAAAAGAUCGCCAAUCGAGGACUGAUCAAGCGCGUCCACGCCGUCGGACCGGAGGUCUUCAAGCAACAGCAACAGCAACAACAGCAGCAGUCCACGCCAAAGCCGAAGCGUCGAAGGAUUGAGACUGAGGACGACGACGGCGUCCACGAUGACCACUCGGCCACAGCCGCCACCACGGCUGCUGCUGCUGAGCACCUCCUCUUCUUCUCGCCCACGAGCAACAACAGCACCGAGGCCUCACUUUCGGCGGUGAACACGGCGGCCAUCUCGCCUGGGACGAUUUGUCCUCGAGGCGACAAGGAGGACGAAGACGGUGAUGAGGACGAGGAUGAUGAGGAUGAAGUUUACAGCGACGUGAUCCUCGGUUGA